UCCUUCUCCCACAGUUUCUCGCGCAUUGUCUUACGGUUCUCACGCGUCUGACGCUGUUCCUGACCUGGUUCGGUCAUACGUUGUGCAGGCCGGUACGGUAAACAGUUAGAUCGAUGUACUCUUAGCUGCCGCAACACGACAGCUGGACCGUUCCAUUGUGUCGGCGUGUGACUAAUCCUUUCGAGCUGUAUAAAACGUGACCGUAAAGAUUUAUGUGUUUCCAAUCUAAAAACUGUUGUGUGAAUCAAGUCAUCUAGUAUGGGACUACCAGGGCCUUCUCUAAGCUCCUGCAGGCAGGAGACUGUGUAGAGUGUCUAGUAAUGUUCUCAGCGAUAGCUUAUCAACUCUCCACAACAUUUUUAGAAGAGCAAAAGCGCGGCCGCUACCCCACCAAGAUGUCGAAGAAGCCGGCGGCGCAGCCCACGCUGCACAAGGUGAUCAUGGUGGGCUCCGGCGGCGUCGGCAAGUCGGCGCUCACGCUGCAGUUCAUGUACGAUGAGUUCGUGGAGGACUACGAGCCGACCAAGGCCGAUAGUUAUAGGAAGAAGGUAGUGCUGGACGGCGAGGAGGUGCAGAUCGACAUCCUCGACACGGCGGGGCAGGAGGACUACGCGGCGAUCCGCGACAACUACUUCCGGUCCGGCGAGGGGUUCCUCUGCGUCUUCUCCAUCACGGAACCGGAGAGUUUCGAUGCCACGCAGGAGUUCCGCGAGCAGAUCCUGCGCGUGAAGAACGACGAGAACAUCCCGUUCCUGCUGGUGGGCAACAAGUCGGACCUGGCGGACAAGCGGCGCGUGCCGCUGGACGCGUGCCGCGAGCGCGCCGCCGCCUGGCAGGUGCCCUACGUCGAGACCUCCGCCAAGACGCGCGACAACGUGGACAAGGUGUUCUUUGACCUGAUGCGCGAGAUCCGCUCGCGCAAGUCGGACGACAGUCGCGCGACCAACGGCGACGUGCGCGGCAAAAAGCGCAGGAAAAUCAAGUGCGCCAUCUUGUAGUGCGCCCGUUACCAUGGAUACCGCCUAGCAACUAAGUGUUAGCGUCCUGCGGAUAAGUGUCAUUGUCGAAACGUUGAAUAGUUCAACCAUUGUAACCGCUUGAGAUACCGGUGCACGCAGAUUUAACGAGUAUCACGUUACGAAUAAGGACUCUAAUCGCCCGCGGAUAUUUUCAUCGAACAUUUGUAAAUCUUUUGAUAUUAUCGACUAGACUGUUUUGCUUUGGAAACGUGCGGAUGGCCCGCGUUCGACGGGUUUAAUUAGUAUGAAUGUCGCCGUGUGUUGGUGACUCGGUGUUGUGCAGUGUCGGCUAGAACGUUGUGUGUUUUGGUGCUGGUGGGAUACUGUUCCUAAUGCAGUGCGUGGAAGCUUGAAAUUACAAUCAAGGCAUUAAAAAACGUGCAAUAAUAAUUUGCUAAAUUUUAAAAUUUUGUAAGUUUUAAAAAUAUGUGCACGAGUUAAAGAAUUUUGCUGUUGCACAUUUUGGAGAGUAAGAAACCAAUUAAUUUUUAUAGUGUUGUCAUUUCAAGGUUUCCACGCGAAUGUGCGGACAGAAUUGAAAACAUUUUUUAUAUAAACGCAACGCUUGCGCGAUUUUUAUGUACCAUAGACUCGUGUAGCGAUGUUAUGAAUUGUCACAGAAUGAAAAAGAUAAACAAUGGACAAUAAAACGAUAAAAUAGUAUUUUAAAGCAUGUCUCGGUUUAGUUACAUACCUACUAGCUUUUUGUGCUGACCUUACGUUUAUUAAGUGGUAUUUAUUUUUGUAUUGUUAAGUGCCGUCUAGUUUAAGUGGGAGUUUGCGGCGUUUGAAGAUGAUUUUUCUUAAAAAAAGGUCUUUGCAAAAAUAACUUUAAAAUAAGUAAUAUAAGACUACCCUCAAAAUCGAAAAUUAAAAAAAAACAUCUCUAAACGCUACAAAUGGUGUGCACAGCUCAUGAAAGGGUCUAUUUAGUAAUAAUUCUAAAUUUAAUUAGUUCUGAAUAGCUUGUGUUGUACUUGUAACUUUGUAAGUUGUGUAUAUUCGAAGACUUUUGCCUCUGUGUUAAUACACCUGUCUCUACUUUGCUCAAAUAAUUUAUUUGCUUGUGUUUAUUGAUAUUGUUUUGUGAAAUUAUGGGAAUAUCAGUUUUAAACUAUUCGUAUUAAAUUAUUUGUAUGUAUGUCUUGUUUUUGUGUUCGCUUUUUUAUUUAAAAGCAAAUAUAACUAUGGUAAUUCAUAAUCUCAAUAUGGGUUUUUAUAAAUAUUAACAUACAAUUUAUGUAAUAACAAAGGGGUGUAUUAACACGGCGGGCUUUUUUAUUUCAUUUAUCACUCCAUUUGCAUUCGACCAAAGCAGUUAAAAACUAAAUUGUUAAUAUAUUAAGGCUGAUAUUCGCUUGCACAAGCUUCGCUGCUUUGGUUUCUCUCGUGUCUUGUGUCAAAAUUGUCUAUCACUUUUUGUAUAUUUUUAAGUGUCCAUUGAAUUUUCAAUUUUAAUAUUAAAAUGCAAUUUCUCAAAUUAUUUAAUUUAAUAGUUCCGAUAUUAUCAAUUAAUUUAUAAUUAUGUUUACUAUUAUGUCCUAUCGUAGGUAAGUGUCGAUUUUUAUUAAGGUCAUCGUCCUAAUCUAGAUGAGUUCCAACUAAAUUUUAGUCCUUGUCUCGCUCAAAUACAUAGAUAGGAUAUUUUUCGUUAGUGACCAAAUUUAAUCGUAUCAAUCGUUCUCAUUACGAUGUAUAAAUAAGAUAUUACUUAUUGACUGUAUUUUCUUAGCUAAGUUGCUUUAUAAAGAUGAUCAAAAACCAGUAAUUUAAUCGACCGUAUUAGAGCGAGACAAACUAAAAUAUAGUUGUAAUAAUAGGCUCCUAAACUAUAUUUAUUCAUUCGUUGAAGUUAGAAGUAUAUUUUUUUAACGACAGUGUACAUAGGAACUGCCAAACAUUUUUAUUUAGCUGAUCAAAUCUUUGAAAAAAUAACAGUACUCCAGUCUAGGCUAUAAUUUGAUAAUUUGUUAAUUAAUAUAAAAUUAAUCGACUAAAUAAUGAUUUGUAUCAAUACGUUUUGUAUUGAGUAAAUAAGCCAACAUUAUAAUAAUAUAUUUACUUUAAUGCAUCCCGCCAAGUGUGGAAUUAACAGAUAGUACAUAGUUACUCGGCAUUCUAUCGAGAAUGUAUACAAUGUGUAAGAUUUUAUAUUUCAGCGAAUGCCUUUUCCAAAUAUGUAUCACAAUGCAAUCUUGAAUGUCUGUAUGUAUAGAGUUAGCGUAGGAUAAUAAAUUAUUGAUGUGUAUGUACGUACUGUAUAUGAGCACGUGGUAUGUUUAUAAAGAGAAGGCAAAAAUAUACUGAUUUGCAAAA